AUGAAGGAAUAUAAUAAAUUGAAAAGAACAACUGCGCAUGUUACCCAAUUUGGGGGUCCCAAUUCUCUGCAUUUGAGGUGGCCUGCAUCAGAUGGGCGAACCAAUCGCAAUCCUAAGUUGCCAACUUCGGCGGCUUCAGCCUUGCACAUAAGGGUUUGUGAAGCUCAUAAGAGUGGUUGGAGAGUGAUGUCAUGCUUCUCCUUCAAAAUCUUUUCCACAGUAGUGUCUCACAAGAUCGAAGAACCUCGUUAUUUGUUCACAGAAGCAAAUUCUGAGUAA